AUGAGCUUUGAUCCCAACUACAGCUGUCACGGUGCCUUCUUCAACCUGUCUAUGGGAUAGUAAGUUAUGUUAAGGUAGUGUAUUUGUAUGCAUCAAAGCAAAUAUCUUCAAGAACUGUUUAGCUACAUAUCGUGCCGUGCUCACUAUCACUGCUACGGGUCGAGGGAACCACCCAAUUGGUGCUUGAGGAGAAGUUCGUAUAACUGGACGUAAGUUACUCUAUUUCUCUGUUGUAAUGUAUAACUGUUAACUUAGUUUAUCUUUAUGUAUCAACACUUACAAAGAGAUGCAAAAUAUUAUUUUAGUCAAUGGGGAUGUCAUUGUGACUUGAAGAUCGGGAGCUGUUUGGUGGAGCGCUUCGAAGGGAAGACCGAGAAGCUGGAAUGGUCCUACUGUGUACCAAACGAGGAAUUUUACUGUGCCGGUGAAGUUCCUCGAUAA